AUGAUAAAACAGGCGUUUUUAGAAGCUGCUGAUUCGUUAUUUGCCAACUUUAGAAAUAAAGACGAGAUAGUUUCAGCUAUAAAAUCUAUGCAACUUUCUGCUAAUACAGUGAUGAGACGUGUAGAAGUAAUGAGCAACGAUAUUUUUUUACAGUUAAGAACUGACUUAGAUAACUGUGUUUAUUUUUCACUUCAACUGGAUGAAUCAACAGAUGUCGUUGACACUGCCCAGAUGGCCGUGUUCGUCAGGAUGGUUUUUAGUGAUUUUACGUUUAAAGAAGAUCUUUUGAAGUUCAUUCCACUGAAAGGACACACUACUGGACAGGAGUUGUUUUCUCAUUUAAAAAAUAUUAUUUCUUCCCAGAAAAUUCCAAUAUCGAAAAUGGUAGGCUUGACAACCGAUGGCGCUCCAGCUAUGGUGGGUUGUGAUAAGGGUCUGGUGGCGUUAUGUCGUAAAGAUGAAACUUUUCCGCAAUUUCUCUGUUACCACUGCAUUAUCCAUCAGCAAGCAUUAUGUGGAAAUUUCCUGAAACUAAACAACGUUAUGAAACUGGUGGUAAAAAUUGUGAACAAGAUUAGAGCUCAAUCGUUACAAAGAAGAUUAUUCAGAACCUUGGCCGAUGAAGUUGACUGUCAAUACGGGGACCUACUCCUUCACUCCGAAGUCCGAUGGUUAAGUAGAGGACGGGUGCUGAAACGUUUUAAUGAUGUCCUAUCUGGCAUAGUUCAAUUUUUCAAACAACGCGAUGAACCGACUCCGGAACUAGAAAAUUCAAUCUGGCUUAGAGAUUUUGGUUUUCUCGUGGACAUUACAGAGAAAUUAAACGAACUUAAAAAUGAAUAA